AUGGUUUCAGCGUCCUUCUGCCGUCCUCCCGGAUUAGGUCCUGCAUCGUUUUGUACACCCACGACAGGCCAGAAUGCAGCCCUCGUCUGUCCAAUUUGUGGUUUCUCAUGUAACUCGAAAUUUCACUACAACAGUCACAUGAACACCCAUGGUGACCACCAAUGCAGUAUGUGCGAUUAUACGAGUCGCACUGAAGGACGACUAAAAAAGCAUAUGCGUGAAUCACACACCGUUGAACAGCAAUUGGCCGUUGGACUCGAAAUUAAACCACCGACGCCAGCACCAGCUUCCAGUACGACGACAUCGACGGUCACUACCACAUCACAGUGUUCAUCGUUGGCUGACAUAGCGAACCUUUCAACCACUAUGGCAUCACUUGUCGACGUCGCCAACAUGGCUGCUGCAGCAGUCGCCGUCAAACAAGAACAAACACCAAGUUCAUUGGAAUCGGCCUUGUCGAUGGAUAACCUGGUGAGUACAAGCGGCUUCCUGAGCACAAUCGCCUCAACCGCUCUGCCCUCCGCUCUGGAUCAGAUCCGGGCGUUUGCCGAAAAUUCGGCCCUACUUCCGGAUUCUGGAGCAACGUUAGCGAGUGCGUUCAGUUCCUCUGAAAAGGUCGGAUUCUCACCUACUACUUCUACCUACUAUAAUGGAAAGAUGAAGCAGUAUAAAUGUAAACAAUGCCCCCAUAUAUCAUUUUCAAAGGAUGAUCAAUGGGCUCAUGCUCGUACUCAUAUACCAGUUGACAAGCAAAUGAACUGCCCUACAUGCAACUUUGUCACCGAGUAUAAACAUCAUCUGGAAUAUCACAUUCGAAAUCAUAUCGGUAGCAAACCAUUCCAAUGCAAAAAGUGUAGCUACACGUGUGUGAAUAAGUCGAUGCUGAAUUCUCAUAUGAAAAGUCAUACGAAUGUGUACCAGUUUCGAUGUAUGGACUGUACCUAUGCAACGAAGUAUUGUCAUAGCCUAAAGCUGCAUCUGAAGAAGUACGAUCAUCGGCGUGUACCGGAUGGCAUGGAAAUGGGCGACACAUCACCAACACAAGUGAAACCUGAACCUCUUGUACCGUAUUCGAAUUUCGGUAUGAAGCUGGAUGCACCGUCACCGACUACGACCCUUGCACAAACUCUUGGACUCUCUCCAAUUGUUACCAGUCAGAGCUUGAACUAUGCCAGUCAGAUGCUGCUCAGGCAGCACCAGGUACGUUUAUUGGUCUAUUCCACUUUUCAGAUGGAGCAAAUGAGCACGUUGAUCAACAGCUUGCCAUCAGUACCACAGCAAUUGACGUGCGCAGUCUGUGACUUCCAGACCAGCUCACAGGAGGAGCUCAUGAGACACAACGUGAAUCACUUCCUAAACCAAUCGAAUCAAAGCCCGAUUGUCAGCCUGUACCAGUCGUUACCUCAGGUAAUAUUCAUACCAGUAAUGCUUUAA